AAAAUGACAGUCAGCUGACGAGAAAAGUUUUGGUUUCCGAACUCAUAUGUUAACGAGCUUUGAGAUUCAGCGACCCCAUUGGCUAUCUCCGAACCUCAUACGUCACGGCAGCUAUAAAACUCAGCAAAGCUUUUAAACUGUACUGUAGUUUAGGUUUAAAAACCAUUUCAGCUCAAUCUGUGUCAGCAAGCGCACUUCGUUUAUCUACGUUCCAGUCAACCGUUUGACCACGAUGAUGUCUGCUAAUGAGGAGUCACCAAAGUGUUAAAUGUUUGAAAUCUAAGGUCUCCGAAAUUCACUUGUAAAGGGAGGAGAAAUAUAUCCGAUGCAUUUUUGCAAUAGACUGUGCCAACGAGAGCUCAUAUUCUGGAGUUAGGAGUGCAGUGCAAAGUCCUGUGAGGUCUCCGUUUUCCAGCUAAUUGUAAAACAUUUGAACAUCAUCAAGCUGGCUCUCUCUCUCCCGACCCAGCCCGCUUUGACAGCUGCUUUUCACCCGCUCUGGAGGACAGUCAGCAGCAAGAGGAUGGCAUCAGAGCUGGCACUGAGCAGCUCCGACCUGCCCACCAGUCCCCUGGCCAUGGAAUAUGUUAAUGACUUCGAUCUGAUGAAGUUUGAGGUGAAGAAAGAGCCACUGGAGCCCGAUCGCAGCAUCAGCCAGUGCAGAAGCCUGAUCGCCGGGGGCUCCCUGUCUUCCACCCCGAUGAGCACGCCAUGCAGUUCGGUCCCCCCUUCCCCAAGCUUCUCGGCACCUAGCCCUAGCUCCGGGAGCGAGCAGAAAGCGCACCUGGAUGAUUUCUACUGGAUGACCGGCUAUCAACAGCAGCUCAACCCGGAGGCGUUGGGCUUCAGUCCCGAGGACGCGGUUGAAGCGCUGAUCAGCAGCACACAUCAACUCCAGAGCUUCGACGGCUAUGCUAGAGGACAGCAAUUCAGUAGCGCGGGCGGCGCGGGAGGCGCAAUGGCCGGGGAAGAGAUGGGAUCCGCCGCCGCGGUGGUGUCCGCAGUCAUUGCCGCCGCUGCAGCGCAGAACGGGGCACCUCACCACCAUCACCACCAUCAUCAUCACAGCCACCACCAGCAGCACCAAACCCCCGGGGUCCAGUCCAGCAACAGCUCCUCUGCCACCCACCACCAGCACUCCCACCUGGAUGACCGCUUCUCGGACGAGCAACUCGUUACCAUGUCCGUGCGGGAGCUCAACCGGCAGCUGCGCGGCGUCAGCAAAGAGGAGGUGAUCCGACUCAAACAGAAGAGGAGAACCCUCAAAAACAGAGGCUAUGCCCAGUCGUGCCGCUACAAGAGGGUCCAGCAGAGGCACGUAUUGGAGGGCGAGAAGUCACAGCUCAUGCAGCAGGUGGACCACCUCAAACAAGAGAUCUCCCGACUGGUGCGUGAGAGAGACGCAUACAAAGAGAAGUACGAGAAGCUCGUGAACAGCGGCUUUCGAGAAAACUCGUCGAGCAGCGACAACAACCCCUCAUCCCCGGAGUUUUUCAUGUCUUCCAGAAAGUUCCUUCAUCUGUAACCAUGAGCUCUCUGAACCUCUGCGCCUGGCCUUGAUGAGGCCGAACUCUCAGUGCUGGGGUGAUGGAUUUCUAAAAGACCAGCUGAAGCACAAUCCAUCUUUCUCCAGGCUCAGUGUGUACUCUUGUAGGACUACACCAAUGACAUCUCUCUGGAGCACCAAAUGCACCUCGCUCUUGGGUACAAGCUGCUCUAUGAGCUGUCAGGGAUUAAGGUGUUUGUAUGGUACAUUGGUCACUAAAAGCACUUUUAUGAUUCAGCAAAGUUCUCCAUAUUCACUGUGGCCUGACCGACCACUGAUUCAAAGACAUAGUGCCUUCUAGAACAAGACUAAAGUGUGAUAUAUUGUGUACUCAUUGUUAAAAUGUUCAUAUUAAUGUUAAAAUGCAGAAAAAAAAGAACAAAAAAAAGAAAAUGGAUAUUUUUAGGCUGAAUCUGAAUGGAUGAGUCAUAUUCAAACCUGCUCUAGAACACAUGCCCACAUAAUGAUGUGCAGCAUUUCCUGUCUGUUCUUGUACUAAAGCGCUCACUUAAAAAUGUCAAAAAAGGCCUAAUAAAUAAAUGCAAUUAAUAAACAAACAAACAAAUUUGGAAUGAUCAACUAAAUGACACAGUACCACAGAGUAGCAUUGUUUCUGCUUAUGCAUCCAACUAGGAAUGUUUUAGUUAAAGUUGCCUCUGCAUAUUAAGGUGGAAUAUGAAAAAUUAUUUGACUAGUACAAAAACUUCCACUCUUCACCUUCAUAUGAUUAAUAAGGUAAAGAGUUAAUUUAGUUGUUCUUGAAUCUUUGUCAGGAGGUCUGAUGAAGGUUUACCCUUUAGUUUCCAAUCCCUUUAUAUCCAAUGUCCAUUUAGCAUGUUCCCUUUCCUCUAUCUCCCUCAUACUAAUCUGCAUAAUGAGGAUGAGAUGUUAAUGUCAUGCCGCCCUUCCCAUAAUGCUCUGUGUUCCCGUCCCCAUUGUCUUUAAGUAGAGCACAGGAUCAGGGCUGGCCAGGCUCCAGCCUCACUUAACUUCGCCAGGGAAAAAUGAGACGGAGCUGUCAGAGAUGACAAGGACAAAUCAGCGUUCAAUGAAGUGCUUUAAGUGCUGUUGUUUCCAACAGCCAUCGGAGUGGCUGUGAAUUAGUUGCCCUUUAAAGACGGCUGAGGAAAUGUGCUGGAUAAACUCUUAGGAAUGACAGGACACAGAGAACACAGGAAUGAAAAACAUGAUGAUAGGUGUCUUCCAUAAACCUGCUCUGUUAUCGCACACACAGAAUUGUGGGUUAUCGUGUCUUCAGAAACUGACACAAUGAAGGCAUCUUAGAUAGAUAGACAGGUCCAAAACCAUAUCCUAUCUUAUUAUACUCACUGAGAAUACAAUGUUUUAGAGGAUUUGGACACUAGGACUGAGACAAGAGACCAGUCAUAGUGAAUGUUGUUCUAGUAAAUGGUAUUUGUGACUUUAUGCAUGUACAGAAUGUGAGAAAACACAAGUGAACAAUGAGUAGCCUUUUCAUGUAAGUGAGUGAGAAAAAAGAAUGAUGCUCGUCUU